UGGAGACUCAUGACGCGGCCACAGUUCUCACUCCCAUUGCGCGUCCGGUUUCUGGAGAAGCCAAUCAGCGUCACCGCGGUUCCUAUUUAAAGAGUCUCCACCACCGUCCGGAACUCAGAUUCUUCCUAGACCCUGAGAAUGAGGGUCAUGGGGCCUCGAACCUUCUUCCUGCUGCUCUCGGGGGUCUUGACCCUGACCGAGACCUGGACGGGCUCCCACUCCCUGAGGUAUUUCUACACCGCCGUGUCCCGGCCCGGCCGCGGGGAGCCCCGCUUCAUCGCCGUCGGCUACGUGGACGACACGCAGUUCGUGCGGUUCGACAGCGACGCCGCGAGUCCGAGGAUGGAGCCGCGGGCGCCGUGGAUGGAGCAGGAGGGGCCGGAGUAUUGGGAGCGGAACACGCAGAUCUGCAAGGACACCGCACAGACUUUCCGAGUGGACCUGAACACCCUGCGCGGCUACUACAACCAGAGCGAGGCCGGGUCUCACACCAUCCAGACAAUGUACGGCUGCGACGUGGGACCGGACGGGCGCUUCCUCCGCGGAUACAGGCAGGACGCCUACGACGGCGCCGAUUACAUCUCCCUGAACGAGGACCUGCGCUCCUGGACCGCGGCGGACACGGCGGCUCAGAUCACCCGGCGCAAGUGGGAGGCGGCUGGUGUGGCGGAGCAGAGGAGGAACUACCUGAUGGGCACGUGUGUGGAGUGGCUCCUCAGAUACCUGGAGAAAGGGAAGGAGACGCUGCAGCGCGCGGAACCCCCAAAAGGACAUGUGACCCACCACCCCAACUCUGGCAGUGAGGUUACCCUGAGGUGCUGGGCCCUGGGCUUCUACCCUGCAGAGAUCACCCUGACCUGGCAGCAUGAUGGGGAGGACCUGACCCAGGACACAAAGCUUGUGGACACCAGGCCUGCGGGCGACGGGACCUUCCAGAAGUGGGCAGCUGUGGUUGUGCCUUCUGGAGAGGAGCAGAGAUACACGUGCCAUGUGCAGCACAAGGGGCUGCCUGAGGGCCUCACCCUGAGAUGGGAUCUGCCUCCUCAGCCCACCAUUCCCAUCAUGGGCAUCGUUAUUGGCCUGGUUCUCCUUGGAGCUGUGGUGGCUGGAGCUGUGAUAUGGAGGAAAAAGCACUCAGCGUGAGACAGCUGCCUUGUGGGGGACUGAGGGAUGCAAGAUUUGUUCACACCCCCGCUUUGUGACUACAAGAUUCCCUGACUUCUCUUUCUGCAGCUGGCAUCUGAAUGUGUCUACGUUCCUAUUAGCACAAUGUGAGGAAGUGGGAAGACUGGCCUAUACCCUCUGCACCACCACCCCCUCUGCACACUGACCUUGUUCUCUUCCCUGAUAACUUUCUGGUUCCAGCAGAGGUGGGGCUGUGCAGUCUCCAUCCCUGUCUUAACUUC